CAGAUGCGCGCAGCGGGGCUGCAGGAGGCUCAACACGCGCUGCUGGCAACUUCAGGCUCGGCGCAACAUUUUCAACCCGCUCCAACUAGUUUCCCCCCCUUUCUGGAGUUAGUUUGUGGACGCGCCAGGGCGGGCACAUUUCUACACAUUUCAAGCAAAGUGAACUUUUCUGGGUUCCUUGUGUCCGAGCGGUGGCCAUCAUGGGUUCCCAGCGGACGCUCCAGGCCGGCGGGGCUGCGCUGCUGCUCGCCGGGCUGCUCGCGGCUCUGUGGCCGCCCUGCGCCGCCAGCUGCCCGGAGAAAAACUUGGAGGCGAGGGAGGAGGAAGCCAACGUGGUUCUGACCGGAACCGUGAACGAAAUCAUUAACAUGGACCCGGUGCACAACACCUACUCGUGCAAGGUCAGGGUCUGGCGCUACUUGAAAGGGAAGUCCAACGUCAACCGUGAAAUCCUUCUGGAUGGAGGCAACAAAGUGAUGAUCGGCGGGUUCGGCAACUCCCGGAUCUGCGACAACCAAGUGGCCACGGGAGACACUCGCAUAUUUUUUCUCAACCUUGCUCCGGAGUCCAUGGGGCCCGAGCACAAGAACGAACUCCAGCUCAACUCGAGUUUGAUGAGGAUUACUCUCCGCAACCUGGAGGAUGUGGAGCACUGCGUGGAAGCUCAUAAAUAUUUUGCUGCAGGUGCAGGGUACGAUCUCAGCUCUCCCACUGUCAAGAGCCGUGUUUCCUGCUAUCUCCAAGAUCUUGGCAGUCAGGCAGUCAGGCACUCGAGCACCGCCUCCAGGUAG